GUAAGACUAACUGAAAAAGUCGGUACAUCUACGACUACUACGUCAGCAAUAACUCUAAUGACUCAUGCAGCCGUGCAAGGGGUGUCGAAUGCAGAGCGUCAAAUUGAAGAGCCUUCAGUCGUUAUUGGGCUUUCAGCUCAGCUUUAUGAUCUCGUCACAACAUUACUAUCCAAUAACGAUUCAGAUAAAAUCCUCCUCCGCAUGGAAGUUCGUUCUUUCUUCUUGUUUGUGAACGAGAUGGUUGACAAUCUUCUCCGCAACGGGCUCUCUAUUGAUCUCUUCAAGUCAUAUCUCGAUCAUCAAGUGACCUUUCUGAGGAGUCAAGGGUAUUCAGAUCUGGCGGACGCUAUUACUGCAGACUUGGUUCGCCAUGAGAGUGAGCUUGAAAAACUGAACGAAUUUCAGGCAGCCAGAGUUUUUUCAUAUGUGGCCGCUCAGAUGGAAGCUAAGUUACAAGCAUGGCGCGAAGCUCAAGCAUCUGUUGAUUCUAAGAUUCAGGAAGCAGAAGGUCUUGUUCACCAAAUUGAAGCGGCUUGUGCUGGCAAGUCGACAACUCUUUGCAAUAUUGAUUCUUCUCUUGCGUCAGGUGAAGCCACAAUAGCGCGACUCAAGCUAGAGCUAAAAGCGGCGAAGGAUGCUCAAGCUGCUUUGAAGAUGACGUAGGUACACGUGGAGCGUGCCCGAGAGGAAAUGUCUGGGCAACUGGCACUCAUUAAAGAGAAGUUGGUCACGAUGAAAGCAGAAGCCACGAAGGUAUUGGCUACUGAUGAAGACUCUAUGAAGACCACACUACAGAGCGAGCUUGAGCAAGCUUAUACUGUGGAAUUGUCUAAGUUAGAGCAACAAGUUCUUAGCCAUAAGCUUCGUGUAGAUUGAUUGUGACUUUUGUACCUGCAAACUUAAU